CUUAGAGUUCUUAAGCUGCUUUUUAGCUCUUAAAAAUGGCUUAGGCCCUGCAAAACUCAUCUAAAGUGGGGACAGAAGCCUUAUUUGCUGCCUCAUUGAGACCUACCUGGGAGAGAUGGGAGCAAGGGAAGAUCUUAUUAAAAGUCUGCAGUUUUGCCUGUCUGCGCUGUGCAGGUGUGAAUUCAAACCAGCUGCAAGCUGAAUAGGCAGUCAUCCUUGAAACAGGAGAUAAUCUCUCUUGCUCUGCUCCCCAUAAAGUCAGCUCAUCUUUCCUUCCUCUGGUGAUGCUCUUUGCCCCUCUGCCCCUCCACCCCUCCCUCCUUUGCUUGCAGACCCAAGUGUUAAAGUCAUUCUUGGCUUGCCCAAAAUAUGGGUUCUGGUGCAUUUUUCACAGCUGUGCUUACAGAGUACACAAGGUAAGAAAUUGGGAUGCUGCAGGUGCCCACACGGUGCAGGAUUUGUUUUUUUCAGGAAAAGGAAAAUGUAACGUUUUUCCAUAUGUAAAUCAAUUAUUUUCCUCCAAGGCUUUGACAUGUGAAAGCAGUUUAUCUGCAAGACUGCUAUAAUAUCUUAGCCUUACUUAGUCAUCACCAAGAUAAAAUGCUUUAACAUUAUUGGUUUACUUAACUUGUUGCUGGGUAGCCUUGGGCUGAGCCUUGGGAAGCUAGGCUGUAGAACUGGGUAGCCAGUGGUAUCAGAAGGAACAGUGCCUGACAAAAAGCAGGUAUACAGCCAGUUAGCAGUGUUUACUCAGUCUUAACAGCUCUUCUAGCUGUGUAGAAAGUUUCCUUCCCUCCCACAUGAUUAAUGACUUGCACAAUCUGCUAACUUGGUGCUCAGUAGUUACAUGAGAAACCUUCACGUGCACUGGAACCUUGAAAGAGCAGAUUACAAUAUGGUUAAUGGUGGAAAGCCUGUUGUAAUGCCUUGCUGAGCCUUUUCGAGCCACUUUGUAACAUUCAGUUGAAUUUGUCAGUAAUUGAUUCAAGUGUCCUUGACAGAAGUAAUCUACUUUCGUGCCAGUCUUCUGAACAUCAGCUUCUAAUGUGGUAUAGAUGCCUGCUUCCUUAUCCUGUCUUGUUAAGGACAAAGAAGUGUAAGUUCUGAAGCAGCAGAAGUACCCACAGCAAAAUUUUCAGUUUUAAUUUCUUGUGUAGUGAGCAAAACCCCACUGUUUCCUGUCUUUGGUGCAAGUCUCUUGCACUCCUCAGGUAUGGGCUUGCAGCUGAUAGUUGCGGUAAUAUCUAGGUACAGCUGUAAGAAGUGGAUUUGAUGUGCAAGGCAAACAGCAAAGAUACUUGAGCAUGCAGAAUAACUGCUUUAAGCCUCAUAACAUGUCUAUACUUAGCCUCUCACGGCUCUGAAAUGUAUAUGAUUGUACCAGGAGGUACAUCUAAUAGAGUAUGGCUUUGUGGCCUCAAUUUGUCUUGAGCUAGCUCAGUGUGCUGUCAAUUACCUUGAGGAGUGAGGGGGAGGAAGGCCGUGCAAUGGGAUGUUGUGGUCAUGGAAGGACACUUCAGAAUGGCUGCAGAAUGAGGGGAAUCUGCCGCUGUCUAGCAGUGCUUAGAGUGUGGUGAGCUAGUAACCUUGUCCAAAAGCUUUAUGCUGUAUAUCAAAGGGCACCCAAGAUGAGAGCUAGCGGGGCCCAGCUCUGCAAGCAGUCCUGCUCUGCUCUGCAUUCCUGGCUGCGCUGGGGAAGGAGUGAAGGAACAAGCAGACUCCUGUGGCUGACAGGAGUAUUUGCCUUCCCUGGAGUGGGGAGUUGGGAAUGCAGUCCAGGAUGGCCUUCUGGGCUGCAGGAGCAUACUGCUGCCUUGAGUCCAGCUUUUUAUCCAUCAGGACCCUCAACUACUUCUCAGCAUGGCUGCUCUCAGUGAGUUCUGCUGCCAGUCUUCAGACCUGUUGGAGAUUGCCUCGACUGAAUGAUAGAAGUGCAUCACCUUGCACUUGUUAAAUUGUUAAUUGUUAAACCUCAUUAGAUUCUCAUGUACCCAGUUUUUGAGCAAGUCCAGUGGGAGUCUGAUGAGAAAUAUCUGUGUGGCUUGUUUGGGUGCUGCUGUAGCAACCUAGCUCUAUGGCCACUGUAAACUAGCUUAAUCUGAGCAAAGAGGCUGUACAUAAAUCAGGGUGGAAGAAUUCAGUCUUUGACCUAGGAGCUUAGAUAUGUAACGUGUCAAACUUUCCCUGACACCUGAAGUGACAGUGGAGCGAUGGGCAAUGCCUUGGACUCAUCUUGGUUUAUGGUGCUGGUGAAUGGCAGAGUUUGGCUUGUACACACUUCUAUCUGUGGUGUAACUGGUGCCCAGAUCAGAGAUCUCAGGCUGUUGAUCUGGAUGUCAGUAGGGAUACGAAACCAACUUUGGUGCAGUGAAGAUACAGGAAGAGUGCCAGAUUGUUUAUCCUCAUACCGUUCAGUAAAAAGCAGUGCAGGGAGUUUCCUGUAAGUGACAAGAAUGUAACUUACUAAAUGCCCUUGGCCAGGAAAUGGUAUUCCUGGCUGUUAGUGUGCAUGAAUGAAUCUCCAUUAGAGGUUCUUUUUCCUGCAAUAGCUAUUUCUAUCAGUCAUAAUGUGCUAGCAUUGAUUAGUUUACAAUGAAUGAUUCUCUGGGGUGGUUAAAUUGUAGGUAGUAAACUCACCUUCGUGCUUUCUGUGUCAGGAGAAUGACAGCUGAUAACAUCCUGCUUUUCCACCUUGCCACAUCUAAUAACUUCUCAUUUGUCUAAUCCAGUUAGUGCAGCUCCUGUGUGAGCUUUUGUGCAGGAUAGCAUGAAGAAAGGCUGCAAAACAGUGUCGGUAGCUCUUCAUGUUGAUGUGUUUGGUUAGCAGCCUAUGACUGCUGCAGCUAUGGUACUCUUCUCUACCUUUUCUGGACGCUUAAACCAGCAUCUGUGACCAGAGGUUUGACUUUUGUCAGAUGAAUUUAGUGAUAAUUCUGCCUGGUGCUUAAGUCACAUGUCAGCAGUGCAGAGGGACAUCAUAUUCUUUUCUUUUGAGUGGAUUUGGGAAAUAGCAGGGAUCUGUAUUUCGGGCUGCUGUAUACUCUCAUUGUUAGGAGCCUGCAGGUUGCCUGCUCCAGAAACCAAUGUAGGUCUGCAGCCAAAAGAACUGCUCUUUAAUUAGCCCAGAGGUCUGCUCCUGCAGUGGAAAGGAGGAGUUAAAGCUAAAGUGGUGUGCUUUCUUCUUGUAUCUCUUGGGAUCACAUUGACUUGAGAAUGCAGCAGUGCUCCUUUGCUUUUAUGGCUGUGCAGAGAGUGGUGGAAUGGCUCUGGUCAGAUCUGCCCCACAGUGUCACUUCAGGGGAGUGGAGGGGGGGAAGAUUAGCUUACAUCUGAUGGUACUCCUGUGUGUUCAGGCUGCAGUUCAGAACCGAGGCACAAAACAUGGAGCUGGGAGAGCUCAGAGAAGGAAACUGCUGAGCUAUGAAGGUACUCUCUCUCGUGAAGCUGUGUUUGCAGUGGAAGGAGCUGACCUUAGGGGGAAAAAGUAGCAAAGAGCUGCAAAACUGGGCUAAGUGCCUCUUUUAAGUAAGAACUUCUGCUUCCCAAGGCUGGAUCUUUUAAUUUAUAGCACGAAGUCAGAUGGCUUGUGCACGCUGGUCUUUCUUCACAGUAUACGUGUCAAAACAAAUAGAUUUUGUCAUGGCCAUGUGUUCCGGUGUUACCAGUUCCUGGCAUAAAGCUGGCUGCUACGAGUGACUGCAGCUCCAAGGGCACAGGGCAGUGUGCUUCUGUUUAUUUUAAGAAAAGGAAAAAAAACAGGCCAAACACGUCUCAUACCUCAUACCUGGGUAUGUUUAGCCUCUUGGGCAAAUACCAUAAUGCACAUCAGCACCUUCCUUAAAAAAAAAAAAAAAAAAGCCAGGCAGAUAUCAGUGCAGCCAUUGAAGGUGAUUGCUGUUACCUUCAGACUCACCCUGCAGAGUGAUGCUGGGCAGUGGGACUGGAUUUGGCCUCUGGUUGCUGCACCGCUGGGGACUGCUGGGGAAGCAGAGCUAUGCGGGCAGAAUUUUCCAUUAAUCAGAGGAAAAAGUCCUACACAGAUGGUACAUAGGAUAGAUUACUGCUGGUAAUCCUUUUGUGUCCUAGAAGAUUAAGGAGAUCCUGGUGUAGCCGCUGUCAGCUGACCUUUUUUUAUUUAAAUGACUGGAAAUUCAUGAUGCAGUCCUGCAGGAAGGAGGAAGGCUUCUGCAGGAGCCUGGGAGCAGCGCACCGUGGGUGUUUGUUAAAGGCACGGUCUGUUUGAGUCCGGCUCUGGUUAUAAAUUGACAAGAACUCAGUUUUGUGCUGUGUAAACAGCAGAAGCUACGACAUGGUUAAGAAACUUCUUGUUGGACGGCUGCAUCGAAUUUAAGAGAGGUGUUGGCUGAAUUUGAUGAGGUACAGUGAGAGCCGGCUGAAGAAACAGGGGGUGAAGAAAGCCCCGUGCUCUGGGGUGGCUGCCCAAAGAGAAGAUGCCUCCUUCAGCAGAAGCAGAGGGUGGUGGUGCUCUCUGAGCUUCCUGGCAUGGAUCUGUACGAGGAUUACAAGUCGCCCUUUGAUUUCAAUGCAGGAGUGGACAGAAACUACCUUUACCUGUCACCUGGCAUAAACCUUACUCCACCUGGGUCACCUACGCUGACCAAGUCUGGGCUGCUGAGAACUGACUCUAUACCUGAGGUUGGAGAGGAUGCUGCUGCUACAGUUGGCAUGUCAGAAACUCUCUCUGAAGAAGAACAGAAUGAGCUGAGAAAGGAGCUUGCCAAGGUGGAAGAGGAAAUCCAGACACUCUCACAAGUGCUAGCUGCCAAAGAGAAGCAUCUAGCAGAAAUCAAGAGAAAGCUGGGAAUUAACUCAUUACAGGAACUAAAGCAGAAUAUCACCAAAAGCUGGCAAGAUGUUACAUCAACUGCAGCGUACAAGAAAACAUCAGAAACCCUGUCUCAGGCAGGUCAGAAGGCUUCUGCUGCAUUUUCCUCUGUUGGUUCAGUCAUAACCAAGAAGUUUGAAGAUGUCAAAAAUUCUUCUACUUUCAAAUCUUUUGAGGAAAAAGUUGAAACCUUAAAGUCUAAAGUUGGAGGAAGCAAACCUGCCAGCGGAGACUUUGGAGAAGUUCUGAACUCAGCUGCCAAUGCCAGUGCCACAGAAACGAUUGCAGAAGAGACACAGGAGGAGACCCACUGAGAUUCCUGCCUCUAUCCUGCUACCCACUGCCAGUUGCUGCAAGCAAGAACCAAGCACACUUGUAACAUUCUUUGUGCUCUUUCCACCAGAUGUGCUUUUAUUUAGCACGUAGUUGUUUUACCAGAUUAACUGAUAACAGGCUUGUUGUGGGUUCAGAUUAUUUUUGAAACUAAAAUAUGCUGGUUGUUUGGGGUUUUGUGUGGGGAGGGGAAUUUUUAUGCCUUUCAAGCAUUUAAAGGACUUAUCCCUUAUUUGAAGGCAACCUUAAAAAUAUAGCAAUGAAAAACUCUUCGGAGAAGUUAAUUAUACUGUACAUACAUGUGGAUACAUAAUUCUUUCUGAAUCUGUAACUACUGUUCAACUUAACCAUUUUGAUCUACGCUGCUGCCAAACUGAACCUUGCUACUUCACUCCCUUGUCAUUAUUUCAGUUAAGAGUUGCCUGCAUGGGACACCACACUUAGGAGAGGCACUCCCAGCUUAAAGAAGGGCCUUCAGCAGGCUUAAGAUUUGUCCGUGAGUUAUUUAACUAGAAAAGCUCUGACUAUUAGAAGCAAGAUGCCUAUUAGUGCUGAUUUAGUUCAGUUAUGAUAAUACUGUCAACAUUGCAUUUUGUACGAAAUAACGGGGGAAGACAUACUGUUCUGAACUUUUGAUCAGUUGUGAAUUAUCUUAAUUCACAGAGUGGUCUCACAUUUACACCAACAAAAAUGUGAGGAUAAGCCUGGGCGUGAAAGUUGUUCUUCUGUUAGGCGUCAAAUUGUUUUCAAGUGCUGAUGUUGUUUUCCCUGUAGCCUGGCCAUUGAUAAAAUGUUUUUUUCUGUA